AUGACCAUGGAGAAGAUUUUGGCCGCGCCCAAAUCCAAGUAUAUCGAGCCGAUACUAUCUGCCACAAAUGGCGGAGAAUCAGGUGUCGCCGAAGUCUUCCGUACUCUACAACUCCGACUAAGAGACUCGACAUGGACGAUUGUAUUCAAGGCGUUAAUUGUGGUUCAUCUUAUGAUAAGAGAAGGUCAGCCCGAGGUCACUUUGAGGUACAUAUCCGAGUCACCUAAGAGAUUGGCAAUCAGCAGCUUCACUGAAGUCCAAACCCAAGGUCUCAAUAUUCGAAGAUAUUCGGAAUACUUGUUGGAAAGAGUACGAGCUUUUCGAGAUACGAAGACGGACUUUGUCAAGUCAGGAGCGGGAAAGAUGCGCAGAUUGACCGUCGAAAAAGGGUUAUUGAGACAGACUGAGGUUGUGCAGGAUCAAAUAGAGGCUUUGAUUCGAUGCAACGUAAGCACUCAUGACCCGGAGAAUGAGAUAUCAUUGACGGCCUUCCGUCUUCUGACCUUGGACUUGCUCGAGCUGUUCAAGGUGAUGAACGAGGGCACCAUCAACGUUCUAGAACACUACUUCGAAAUGUCGCGUCCUGACGCGGAACGGGCAUUGCAAAUAUACAAGACAUUCGGAAGGCAGACUGAACUGGUGGUGCAGUAUCUCGGUGUAGCCAGGCAGUAUGAGACGUCUACGCGCUUGGAGGUCCCGAGACUAAAGCACGCACCAACAACUCUGACCAGUGCCCUGGAAGAGUAUCUCAACGAUGCGGACUUUGAACUGAAUCGAAGACAAUAUCUGGCGCAGCAAGAAGCGAAAAGGACGGGUAAGCCAGUUUCGGCCGCGCCGUCAGCCAAUCCAUUCGACAAACCAGCAACGAAACAGGCAGCACCGGCCUCAGUUGCAGCCAGACCACAGCCGGCUCAAUCGGUGCCCAAGGGACCAGCGCCUGAUCUGAUUGACUUUUUUGAAUCCAUCGAGCAGAAUCAGCAGACGAUGGGUCAGACCAACAUGAACGCGCAGCCUCAAUUCCAGCAAGGAGUGCCACAAGUUCACGGAUACCAGCAAGCGCCUGUGCCUCAACAGACGGGCUACAAUCCUUUCCUACAGCCGCAGCCAACGUUUCAACCUCAGGCUCUACCGCCACCCCAAGCUCAACCCCAGCCUCUGCAGACAGAUUUCACAGGGGCGGGGUUCGGUGGAUAUGGACCUCAACCACAGCAGCAGGUACAAUCAGCAGGCGCUUACCAAUUUUCCUCGCAGCUAUCGCCGAUUCCUCAGAAUGGCGUCGCAAACUUCCAGUCUCAAGUCUUUCCACCAGCUCAGCCUGCAUCGCUACAACCACAGACGACAUCCACCAAUCCGUUUCGACAGUCCACGAUGCACACUGGAGGUGUGCAAAUUUCCCCUGUUAGUCCUGCUGUUCCUGUCCGGUCGUCGACCAAUCCAUUUGCUAAGCACAACACUGGAGCGAUUUCCAACAACGACCACGGGGCAGGGAUGGUCCAUGACGAAGCGGGCUUCUCUCCUGUCUCUCCCGAGCAAUCUUUCCCCUCCAACCCAUCUUUCCUCUCGUCACCUCCGGCACUGCAACCUCAAAGAACAGGCACAAACCCAUUCGCGAAGAACCGACCAACAACAUCAGGAGGUCCAGUGACAACCAACGUGACGGGAAGCACCAACCCCUUCCGGCAGAGUGCGUUUGUCAAUCAACAGACAGGUCAGGGGUGGCAGCAUAGCAACCAAGGUACGCUACUGGGAUUUGACGUGAACAAUGUAGACACAGUGCCGGUCUUCCCGCGGCCAGGACAGAAUUGA